AUGAUCGGCCAACACGCGGGACUGGAGGAGGUCAACGCAGACUUUCAUCGGCAGCAUACCCUGCGACUGGAGAACGUCGUCGAUGUUGCGAUUGGGCGAAUACAAUCCUGGUCUCGGAUACAGGACGCGAAGACGGACGUCACCCAUCGCAUACGUACUCGCCAUACGAUGUGGACCAGAUUGAUGGCGCAGAGCUUCGCUUUCGUUCGCGAGAGGAAGAUCGACCUCGUCGAGUCGCAACCAGAGCGCCCGUUCUUCGAUAUCACGUCCUUUGCUUUCACUAUGUACGGUAACGACAACGGUGUGCCAUUCGACGAGCUCUCGGCUUUCUUCGACCAACCUGCGGAGUUCCCCUUCCAACAUAUCCGCCACCUCACGUUCUCGAUUGGGCCUCAAGAAAAUUAUUCCUUCCCCGAGCAACAGUUCGUGGAUGACUUUAUGAAUCGCAUGGCCGACCUCCUGUCCAAUUGGACGGUACUUGAGACGUUUACCUUUCACUUCGACCUCCAUGGGAGGAGAUGGCAGACUACAAACCCGGAAGGAUAUGUGCCAAUACUCGACGACACGACGGUUCCUACGGAGCAGGCUGGUGAAGAAGAGCCGACCCUUCGCCACAUACUAUAUCAUCUUUCGCCAUCUGCCGCUCUCAAAGUCAUCGGGGAGGUAUCGUGGGUUCUCGGUCGCGACGUGGGCAUCGACGACGAUUCUAUCGAGCUCGACUUGAUUUGGCUGGAUCGAAACGAGCACAUCGUCACCAAAGGCGUGCGCGUUCUUGCGGAGAAGUGUCGGAAGUUGCGAGCGUUUCGUUGGUUCGUGGACCUGUCUUCGGACAACCCGUCGACGCAGUGGGCCUACGAGAUUGCGCGCGACAUGGACGGGAAGGUUCAAGAUGUACAGGUGCAGACAUCCUGCUUGAUGAGCCGUAAGGAGACCCUCCUCGAGUUCAAGGUAUUGGUCGGGCAGGAGCUACAGACUGUGGCAGAGGCAUGGCCAGCGCGUCAUGACGAGUACAUCUGGUAG